UAAAAUUUUUGAUUCGCCUACAAACAUCCUUUUUUUUCAGUCCACCUUGCUCAUUGAUCGCCCAUCAAUGGUCUUGUUUACUUGGGUCUGGAUCCAUUGUUUGUUUCAUCUUCUCUUCAACAAGCACCCUUGUCUCUCAGCCUUAUCUUUCCGUUUCUGAUUUUAUCCUUUGAUCCGGUCCUCCUUCCUUCAACAUAUUUUCUCCCCACCAUUGUACUUUCCAAAGUCAACAACGGCAACAGCGGAAUGGCAUCUCCAGGAAACUACCACUACUCACACUCACACCCGGGCGGCCGCAGCGGUUCAUUUCUCUGCCUGCAAGAGCCACAACCACCGGCACCUAAAGGACAUAGCGCGCUGGCAGCGCUCAUCAGAAACCGGCCUGGCGUAUCACUACCAAACCCUCUGAACCCUUUUGCCCGUGACGAUGAAGAGGCUCUUGCAGGGCUUGGGGCGGAACGGAGACCAGUGGAAGAUGAGCCUCCACGCCGGGAUGAGCGGCGCAUGAGCGCUGUUCUCAACGGGCCUCAUAUGCGCAGCAUGCGCCUGAUCGGAAACAGCAAUCCUCGAUAUCGAUGGGAAAGGUAUUGGAAGAUUGAAGAUGAGCUGGCCACCAUGAAAAAGCCCAUCCGUGAAUACUAUGAGCGUUGCAACUACCUUGUCCAGCAGUACCUGUACAUUGAUAAGCUUCUGGAUUCCUCCUUACCUCAUGACCUGCUCAACGAAUACAACGACCUCCCGCCAUGGGCUUUCCGCGGAGAUCUUGAGGCUCCUGCUACCACACCGCGGCCAACCAACGGUGCCACUGCAGAGCCCGCCCCAACGGUCUCCAAGGCUCGUAAGGUCAAGCGGACGCCCAAGGACAUCUACCGGCCAACCGAGACCACGCCUCUAUUCAGCGAUGGUAGCAACGCCGUCGACGAUGAUGAGUGUGACCAAGUCGCCAGUCAGGAGACACGGCCUGAGAUCCCAUGGCUUGAGGAUGACGAUGUUGACAGCUCCGCCUCCAUCGUUACCUUGGCUAUUUACAUCAACUUUGCAGCCAACGCUAUCCUCCUAGCCGGCAAACUCGCCGUAGUCCUGACCGUCCCAUCAGUCUCAGUGUUGGCAAGUUUGGUGGACGCGAUUCUUGACUUUCUGUCGACUGCCAUCGUAUGGAUCACUACCUGGUUGAUCAGCCGGCAAGACCAGUAUCGAUAUCCCAUCGGGCGAAGAAGACUGGAGCCUAUUGGCGUGCUUGUCUUCUCCGUUAUCAUGAUCACGUCGUUUGCCCAGGUCGCUCUUGAGGCUAUUCAACGUCUUAUGUCAAAUGACCGUGAGGUCAUUCAACUUGGUGUACCAGCCAUAGCCAUCAUGUUGGGCACCGUCGUCAUCAAGGGCAUGUGCUGGCUCUGGUGCCGUCUCAUCAAAAACUCCAGUGUCCAGGCCUUGGCCGCGGAUGCAAGCACUGAUGUCAUUUUCAACGCCGGCUCAAUCGCUUUCCCACUAAUUGGCUACUAUUGUCAAAUCUGGUGGCUCGAUGCGCUCGGAGGCUUGCUGCUUUCCCUCGUGGUCAUCUUCAACUGGUCUCAAACCUCCGGAGAACACAUCAGACACCUGACCGGCUUUUCCGCCACUGCUGAUCAACGCAAUAUCUUGCUCUACUUGACAAUGCGCUUCGCAAAGACGAUCAAGCAAAUCCAGGGCUUGCAAGCCUACCACUCAGGAGACAAGCUAAACGUCGAGGUUGACAUUGUUUUGGAUGCCAGCACGUCACUCAAGGACAGUCAUGACUUGGCUGAAAGCCUCCAAUACGUCAUAGAGUCUGUCCCAAUCGUUGAUAGGGCUUUUGUCCACGUCGACUAUGCCAGUUAUAACCUCCCAACUCACAUGGAACAGCAACACAACAGUUAGAUUCGGCGCAGUGAGCAUCUAAAGCUCGCCGGAGUUUGCUGAGGUGUGCCUUGUGUUCUCAUCUCACACUUAGGCAAGCCCGGUUCAUUGGCGAAGUUAAAUAAUGGCAUCACAUGAAGGUUGGAUAGACUCCCCGGCAUUGUCCGGGUCUCGGCUGUCCUCAGUGCUUGGUGGGCCCG